CAAAUUAAUAGCUGUGUAUUGUUAGAGAAACAGAGAUGACAAUGUACGGGACGGAGAACCCUACUUCCAAUAACAAAACCUCCUGUGUGUCCCCGGCCAAUGGUAACGGCAUGACACUGCCUAGUUUUCCAUCCGACCAUGUCCUCAAUCUUGAACAGGGCGACCCGACAGUGUUCGAGUCCUAUUGGAGGAAGAUGGGGGACAAGUGUACGAUGGUGAUCUCCGGAAGCGAAUUGAUGAGCUACAUCAGCGAUUUCACCAGCGUGUGCUGGUUUUUGGAGCCAGCAUUGGAGGCGGCGGUUAGAAGAUUUCAUCGUACGGUUGGGAACGCCGUCGUGGACGGUGAUCGGCAUAUCGUGGUGGGGACAGGCUCGACUCAGCUCUAUCAGGCUGCGCUGUAUGCCCUCACUUCCCCCGGCAGGUCCGAGCCCGUCAGCGUUGUGUCUGCCGCCCCUUACUACUCGUCAUAUCCGGAUGAGACAGACUAUCUUUGUUCUGCGUUGUACAAAUGGAUAGGCGAUGCAUAUGCCUUUAACAAAACUAGACAUGGACCUUACAUUGAGGUGGUCAACACCCCAAACAACCCCGACGGCACUCUCCGAGAGGCCGUCGUAAAGAACAGAAGUGAUCAGGGGAAGCUGAUUCAUGACCUGGCCUACUAUUGGCCUCAAUACACCCCAAUUACUCGUCCGGCCGAUCAUGACAUCAUGUACUUCACAUUCUCCAAAAGCACAGGACAUGCUGGUUCUCGCAUUGGAUGGGCCAUUGUUAAGGACAGAGAGGUUGCAAAAAAGAUGUCAAAGUUUGUAGAGCUGAGUUCACUUGGUGUGUCCAAGGAUUCACAGCAACGAGCUGCAAAGAUAAUGAGAGUGAUCUGCGACGGAUAUGAGAACUGCAAGUCCACUGACAACUCUGAGCUCUUCUUCGACCACUGCCAUCAAAUAAUGGGGAACAGAUGGGAGAGGUUAAGAAAAGUGGUCGAGCAAAGUGAAGUUUUCAGCCUACCCAACUACCCCAAAAAGUACUGCAUCUUCUUUGGAGAUUCCGUUGAACCAUAUCCAGCAUUUGCAUGGAUGGAGGCGGAGGAGGAUGUAGACACAGAGAAGGUUCUGAGAGGACAGAUUAAGGUACAAGGAAGAACAGGGAGGCGCUUUGGGGUUGAUCAGAGGUACGUCGGGAUUAGCAUGCUGAGCAGGGAAGACGUGUUUAACCACUUCUUGGAGAGAUUAUCAACUAUCAAGUCCGUUACUAAUGGUCAUUAAUUAGCUUAAUCUGUUAAUGUUAAAGAAAUAGAAAACAGAGUUAUGAGAGAGAGUAGCAGAGAACAGAGAGAGAGAGAGAGAGGUAAGAAGGUAAAUGAGAUUUUUGUAUUGUUUUCUUAAUGAUGGAGUAAUUACAAGUGUAUGUAUUUAUAGUAAACUAGUCACUCUAACAGACUUCCUAACAAACUACUAAUCUAACAAACCACCUAAUCUAAUUACACAUGGCAAGAUCUCAACCAUACAACAUUAUAUUCUAACUUCCCCCCUCAAACUCAAGAUUGGGGCACCUAAUCAUGAGGUUGAAGCAGUCAGGUUCUCAAAUAAUCAUUAGUGCAGUAUUCCUUGCAAUUGGAGAGUGAGGUUGCUGCUGCACAAAGUCUCUGCAAUAAGAAAACCCUCCUAGCAUCUUGAGCUUGUAUAUUAUUGCUAUAUCAUGUGUACCAUAGUAGCCAAAUCAACGUAGACCUGGUGCCCCCACCCUUGUCACAAAUUCUCAUAUGAUAGCCUAACUAAAUAUCGAAUAUACAUCCACCAUUGCAUAACCGAUUAACAUAAAAUCUUCUGAACUCAUGUGCAAGUGCAACAGUUUGAGCAGGAACACUAAUGUCCGUCUUGUUGUCAGAGUUAAGAACAUGAAAUGUCACUUGAAUACACGAUUGUAAACCCAUUGAAAUCAAUUGAGAUUAUGUACCUUCGUUGUCAAUACAUUCCAAAACUUGGUCUUUGACAUCAUCUAAAAACAUUUCAUCUUCUGAAACAAUGAAGUCCGAGAGAGAACCAGACUUGCAAUCAUAAACCGUAUGAAUUUCAACAUCAGAAUUACUCUGUAAAGGUGUUUCAUGUUUCUGCAGGAUGACUGGACAACCUAGUUUGAAUUGUUGAUCCAAUGGGCUUUGACAUGAUUCAGGGGUUGAAACUGAAGACUGAGCAUUAUGUCUGGGAUAACAAUCAUCAUCAAAAUGAUCAUUCUGUGAACAAAUUUGAUGUGUAGGAAAAUCAGGUGGUGGAGAAUUAAAAUUUGGAGAUGGCGGGGAGCCAAGAAUUCCAGGUGAAAGUUCAGGAAAAUACUUGUAGGUUGCACCAUUAUUGUAAUGAAACCUCCCUUUACCAUGAUUCUUGAAUCGAAAAUUGAUAUACACACCAUUAUAACCAUCAACAUUAUUAUCUAAGCGUGAUUGGCAUGAACUAAAAUUGUGUUGAGCAUGAUAACCCAUUAUUGAAACCAGCAUGUAACUGAGAGCUAGAGAGAGGAAAGAAAGAACCUUGUGUCUGACAUUCACCAAAUUUAGUUACCACAGUAGACAGAAGGGGUGCCACAGAAGCACAAUCCACAAUGGCUUCCUCAGCGAGCAAUUGUUGACGAAAGUUCUCGAGUGAAAUAACACUCUCACGCCCUCUGAUUACACAUUUAAAUGUGUUGUAUAUUGCAGGGAGUCCAUUCAACACAAUGAGCACAAAGUCUUCAUCAGUAAGUGUGACACCAAGAACAGAAAGUCCAUCUCUUGCUUCUUUAAUUCUUCGAAGAAACUGGGAAAUUGAAUCUGAUCCUUUCUUCAUGUUGUAAAGAUAAGUCUGUAACUUGAUUAUACUGGUUUUUGUACUUGGUAAGAAAAAAUGGUUUUGGAGACGAACCCACAUCUCUUGAGAGCUCGUGCUACCAAUCACACAUGAAAUUGCGGAUGAAGAAAGUGUUGCAGUAAGGAGCAACAUCAGAGCAUAAUCGUGCAUUUUCCAUGCUUUAAACUCAUCUGAUUCAGGGCUAGCAGAGGAACCAUUUUGGAGUACUGAAUGUGCAGAGGUUGCUGCAUACUGAGGAGGACACAAAUUUGAUCCGUCAACAAAUCCCAUAAUGCCAUGGCCCUCAAGCAGCAAUUGCAACAGAAAGUGCCAUUGAAGGUAAUUGGUCUCGUCCAACUUGACAGAAACGGAUGUAGAGACCGAAGAAAUCAAGCCAGUAAUUGGGGAUUGCAAGAUUUGCAAUUGAUUUGCAGUGACCAUUUUAAGAAAAUUGAGAGGAAGAUUUCACUAAGGAAAAAGGUCGAACACCUUAUGUGCAACAAUUUGCAGCUUGAGAAACACAUACAUGGGUAGUCGGAGGUGCCCAGAAACACAAAGAAGACACAAGCACAGCACAAGAAAUGUAUAGUGGAAGUUAACGAUCUUCAAGAACCAAUAAUGGAGCUCCAAGAAUCAAGAUUCUAAAGCUUGGACACCGACGAUUGAGGUGGUGAAAGACGACUCCACCAAAGAACUCAACAACCACCACGAAAAAGAAUCAAAACAGCGGAAGAACACAGGAUCGGAGUUGGCGAUUAGCCUAGACUGGCGAUGAUACCAUGUUAAUGUCAAAGAAAUAUAAAACAGAGUUAUGAGAGAGAGUAGCAGAGAACAGAGAGAGAGAGAAGUAAGAAGGUAAAUGAGAUUUUUGUAUUGUUUUCUUAAUGAUGGAGUAAUAACAAGUGUAAGUAUUUAUAGUAAA